AUGAAUAAUGGGGAACAAGACCAAAUUAUAGCAGAUAUUGCUACCCAAAAUUUAGACUACGAUUACAAACUGAAAGAAUUAAAUGCUGAAAAUUGGAAAGAAAAAACAGCUCAAUACAAAAUAUAUAAUGAACCACAAUUAGAUAUCAAAGAAAAAGAACUCUGUAAAGAAUGCAAAUACCUCUAUAAUGUGAACGAAUUAAAAACUAGACUAUGUUUAGACUGUUACAAAGAAUUAAAAACCGAAUGCAAAAGUUGUAAACAACCUACACCAAAAGAAUACCUGAAAAAUGAUGAAUUAACUGUUGAAACUGAAGAAUUCAAUUUUGAAAAAAUUGAAAGAACUGAGAUAGAACAAAUAAAACAAGAAAUCAAAGAUUUACAAAAAAUGGUUUUGAACCAAGACAAAAAUAUAAAAUAUCUCACUAAAGCAAUAAAAAUUCACCAAGAAAUAAAUAAUUCACUUCACCAAGAUAACCUCGAAUUAAAAAGAAAAUUCGAGUAA